UAGCCCAUACCAAAUCCCUGGGAGAGUUUCUAGCUGCCUGUAUGUCCCAGUGAGCAACUCCAGGCCCCCAACUCUCCAGAGUGAGAUGUUAAAACCCUGGAACCACUCAGAGAUCAGGAAGGGAGCUGAAGGAAGUUUGAGAAGCACUUCCUGUCUGAGAGUCUACAGUCUUUCUUCAUGACUUGUGGACCACAGGCUUCCCAUUUGAGACUUUGGAACUGAAGGCUGAAAUUCCUCAAGGAGUCACCCGGGAGCAAACUGUGUCCAGCCGAAGGGAGCGACACAUCUGUAUUCCAUCCACUCUCUUCCUCUUUACUCAUCCUUACCCUCUUCUCACGUGCUCAUAGGCACUUGGGCAGAAGUCAUCCCUGUGGUUUUGUAGAGGGAGGAAAACAGAAAAAAGAAUAAAAGAAGCACUGAAGUUGUCACCUUGGAAAAGUGAAGUUGAGAACUGUGACACAAUGAAUGGACCCGUGGAUGGCUUGUGUGACCAUUCUCUAAAUGAAGAAGGAGUCUUCAUGUUUACAUCAGAGUCUGUAGGAGAGGGGCAUCCAGAUAAGAUCUGUGACCAGAUUAGUGAUGCAGUGCUGGAUGCCCAUCUCAAGCAAGACCCCAAUGCCAAGGUGGCCUGUGAGACGGUGUGCAAGACAGGUAUGGUGCUGCUGUGUGGGGAGAUCACCUCAGUGGCCAUGGUCGAUUACCAGCGGGUGGUGAGAGACACCAUCAAACACAUCGGCUAUGACGACUCUGCCAAGGGCUUCGACUUCAAGACCUGCAAUGUGCUAGUGGCUCUGGAGCAACAGUCCCCAGAUAUUGCCCAAUGUGUCCACCUAGAUAGAAAUGAAGAGGAUGUUGGUGCAGGAGAUCAGGGACUGAUGUUCGGCUAUGCCACAGAUGAGACAGAAGAAUGCAUGCCUCUCACCAUUGUUCUUGCUCACAAACUUAACACCCGGAUGGCAGAUCUAAGGCGCUCUGGUGUCCUUCCCUGGCUGAGACCUGAUUCUAAAACUCAGGUAACAGUUCAGUACAGGCAGGAUAAUGGUGCCGUCAUCCCUGUGCGCAUCCAUACCAUCGUCAUCUCUGUGCAACACAAUGAAGAAAUAACGCUGGAGGCCAUGCAACAGGCCCUGAAGGAACAGGUCAUCAAAGCUGUAGUGCCUGACAAGUACCUGGAUGAAGACACCAUCUACCACCUGCAGCCAAGUGGGCGGUUCGUCAUUGGAGGUCCCCAGGGGGACGCAGGUGUCACAGGCCGCAAGAUUAUUGUGGACACAUAUGGAGGCUGGGGUGCUCAUGGUGGUGGUGCCUUCUCAGGAAAGGACUACACCAAGGUGGACCGCUCAGCAGCUUAUGCUGCCCGCUGGGUGGCCAAGUCCCUGGUGAAGGCUGGCCUCUGCCGGAGAGUUCUUGUUCAGGUGUCCUAUGCCAUUGGUGUGGCAGAACCGCUGUCCAUUUCCAUCUUCACCUACGGGACCUCGAAGAAGACUGAGCGGGAGCUGCUCGAGGUGGUGAACAAGAACUUCGACCUCCGUCCCGGUGUUAUUGUUAGGGACUUGGACCUGAAAAGGCCCAUCUACCAGAAGACCGCGUGCUACGGCCAUUUCGGGAGAAGCGAGUUUCCCUGGGAGGUCCCCAAGAAGCUUGUGUUCUAGAGCUGGUGGGAGGUUUGGCUUUGUUCCACAGUCUGUCCUCUUCUCCAGGAUCUCAGCUCCCAGGUCUCCUAGCCUCUCUCGAGUGCCCUCUCUGCUCUUACCCUCAGGGCAAAGCAAGCUUCUUCUAAUGUUUCCCUCUCCUGUAAUCUGCAAACGUCUCAUGAAUGAUAUGCCAAGUGGCUAUGUGAUGUGGAGUUAUCAGGUCUCCUUGCAACAGUAGUCAAUGUUCUCUGUCCGUCCCUCAGAUAACAGCCAUGUUGAUUUUGUGAAAAAGUCACCCCUGUUAGGCAUGGAGUUGCUCCCUUAUCUUCUCCCACAGUCUGAACCUGACUAGGACAUCUCUUCCUCCCUCCUGGGUAUGUGCCCAGAUGAGUGUAUUGCACAUACCUCUCUGGCUUUCCCUUGACAUUGGCAGUCAGAGCUCCUGGGCCAGAGCUUUCCUAAGGCUCCUGUGAGACUGGGCAUCUGCCACAUAAAUAUGGCCGAUGUCCCCUGAGCAUUUGCACUGUGCGAAGGACUGAGCUGUGCAUGCUUCAUCACAGCACAAUAAGGUGGCAUCUUUAUUAUCCACAUUAACAGAUGAGGAAACUGAGGCACAGGGAAUCCACAAAGCUCUCACAAGUUCCCACAGCCACAUGUAUCAGAGCAAAGAAGUGGAUUUGGGGCUUUGACUCUCUAACUGUCACAUCUGCAUCCUAAACCAGAUGUAUCCUGAGUGAUGACCAAGUGGAUUGACUUGAGACUGUGGCCUCUUAUUUAAGGCCUGGGCAUUCUCGAAAUUAGGAGGUGAACCCAGUGGCUCUUGGUGAGCCCUGGGCAGUGUUCUAGGAAGUCAAGAUGGAAACUUGUAAGUGUCUCACUUGCUCUGGAAGAGAGUUCAAGGCAAGCUUGGUAUCUUGGCCUGUCAAGCUGGGCUGGGGUUUGGAACUAAGAAGAGGUUUCAUGGUCUUAGCUCCCAUCAUUCAACGACAUGGGGGCUAAUCAUAGACAGCCCCAUAGAGAAGAGGCAGCAGCUUGUUCCAUCACAGGCAACCAGCCUCAGAUAGGGACCCUGCCCCCCUCAAGGCUCGCUUCUUCCCUGGACCCUCGUGCUUACUCAGUCUAAAUGCUCCUUGGGAAGUAAAUGAUCCAGGUGCAGUCAGGCUCCAAGCAGUGGAGAAGUUACUCAAGAUCUAAUGAGAACUGGCGUUCACCAGGUAGCCUUUGUGGUGUGCGUCUGUCUACCAGGGUCCUGGAAACUAUAUGUUCCUAUGGGGUCCCAUCAUGACCAGUACCACCCAUCCAACCUCUCCCUAGCUGGGGCCUCCCCACAGCAGACCCUCUGCCAGCUCCCAGGGACACGGGUUCAGGAAGGGAGCUGGCUCACAGUGCUGGCUCACAGUGCUGACUCAGCAGCAUUAUCAAGGACCAGAUGCCUUGCAUCUGUACCUUGCCUGGACCACAAAGAGCCCAGGUUUUCCCUUCCAACCAAGGUGAGGAAUAGCAGGGGGAAAGUCCUAAUGGCCAAAGAUCCCUGGAGCUGUGUGUGGCAUAGAAGCUUGGGUCUCUCCGUAGGGUUCCUGGCUGCCUGGAGCAAAGUGCCUCAUAGCAGACGGAAGGAUGUGUGUGCAGAUGGCUGAGUUCCUGUAACUUUAGCUAUGUCUGAAUAAAAAUCCAGAAUUAUAUACUUCCCCUAACCCUCAGACUCAUGAGACUCUUUUUUUUUUUUCAAUGUUUCAUAUGAAACAAAGCUAAUAUUUGUUACUAGUACCUGAUAGUAUGGUGAAUAAAAACUCAAACUCAA